CCCACACAGUCCGUGUGCAGCCGGCAGCCUAGCCGGUAGCUCGCUCGGCCCCGCUCGGCCUGGCCCGCAGGUAGGAGCCGCCGAGGGACGCGGCCCCGGCUGCCCGGCCCUCCCUGCUCGAGCGCCGCGCCUCGCUCCCGCCGCCCGCUUCGAGGGCUCCAUCACAGCCACCAUGAGCGAGACCUUUGACUGUGCAAAAUGCAGCGAGUCCCUGUACGGGCGCAAAUACAUUCAGACGGACAACGGCCCCUACUGUGUGCCCUGCUAUGACAACACCUUUGCCAACACGUGCGCUGAGUGCCAGCAGCUUAUCGGGCAUGACUCAAGGGAGCUGUUUUACGAGGAUCGCCACUUCCACGAGGGCUGUUUCCGCUGCUGCCGCUGCCAGCGCUCCCUCGCCGACGAGCCCUUCACCUGCCAGGAUAGCGAGCUGCUCUGUAACGACUGCUACUGCAGCGCCUUCUCCUCUCAGUGCUCCGCCUGCGGAGAGACCGUCAUGCCUGGGUCCCGGAAGCUGGAGUACGGAGGCCAGACGUGGCAUGAGCACUGCUUCCUGUGCAGCGGCUGUGAGCAGCCGCUGGGCUCCUGUUCCUUUGUGCCCGACAAGGGUGCUCACUACUGCGUGCCCUGCUAUGAGAACAAGUUCGCGCCUCGCUGCGCCCGCUGCAGCAAGACGCUGACACAGGGUGGCGUGACGUACCGUGACCAACCCUGGCAUCGAGAAUGCCUGGUCUGCACAGGGUGCCAGACGCCCCUGGCAGGGCAGCAGUUCACCUCCCGGGACGAUGAUCCUUAUUGUGUGGCCUGUUUUGGAGAACUCUUUGCACCCAAGUGCAGCAGCUGCAAGCGCCCCAUCACAGGACUCGGCGGAGGCAAGUAUGUGUCCUUUGAAGACCGCCACUGGCACCACAGCUGCUUCUCCUGUGCCCGCUGCUCCACCUCCCUGGUGGGUCAAGGCUUCGUGCCGGAUGGAGACCAAGUGCUGUGCCAGGGUUGCAGCCAGGCAGGGCCCUGAGCCAGGGCUCCUGGGCCCAGGCCCUCCCAUACCAGGGCUCCAGGACUAAGGCUCCUCUUCCAGACCACCUCUGGGUCCCAGCCCCGCCCCAAAUGGGGUUCCCCCUAGGCUCCAGGAUUCAGCCUCCCCACUCCAACAUCCCCAAUCUGGUACUCCAGGCUUAAUGGAGCCUCCAUCAUUUAAAUCCCCCCCAAACCAGGACCCCAGAACUCAGUCUAUAUGGGUGACUGAAAAGUCCUCAGAAGUGGACCCUCCCCACCCUCAUCCCACCUCUCUCCACAGGGAUGGGGCUUUCUGGGCAACAGAUGAGAGGUUCAGUGCUUAGGGGGGGUCCUAGGGUACAGUUUUGCCCAGCCCGUGUUGUCAAGUGUUUUCUCGUUUCAGUUCAGCUCUGUUUUGCCCAGAGAUGGGCAGAGGGGUGGGAUUGGCUCACCCCACCAUUCAGAUUCUGCAAUAAAGCAGUAUGA